AUGCCCCGACACCCUGACGAGGACAACCACCCAGUCGCGACUGGUCUCGCUAAGAAGCUGGUCGACGCACAUCAAGCGAGGCAGGAUUUGGUGUUUUGGUCAGCAUGGUUCUGCCCCUUCAAUCAGCGAAUCUGGAUGGCUCUGGAAGAACGCAACAUUCCCUACCAGUAUCACGAGGUCAAUCCCUACAAGAAGGAGAAGGAUUUCCUCGAGGUCAAUCCUCUAGGUCUUGUUCCAGCUCUCACGGACAAAGGUAGAGCUCUUUACGAAUCAGACGUACUAGUCGAAUACCUCGAGGAUAAGUAUCCUCCGAGCAAGGAGCAUCCGCCCAUCUUUCCCACUGACAUUUAUGAAAAGUCAUGGGCCAGAAUCAACAUUCAACAUAUAACAAAAGACAUCAUUCCACACUACUUCAAACUGCAGCAGGCACAAGAGACUGAAGAUCAGCAGCAAGCUCUGGAAGAGUUUUACAAAGGUCUUCGAACACUUGUGGAUCGAGUCAAGCUCCCCUACUUUGCGGGAGAGCAGUUCACGGCGGUCGACAUGUCCCUCGCUCCGUUCGUCAGGCGUUUCUACAGUCUCGAGGAGCAUAGAGGGUUCGACGGCGAGAAGGCUCUGGGGAGCAAAUGGGUUCAGGAUUGUCAUGCUGACAUUUUCUCAGAAAGGGAGAGCUUGAAGAACACCACCUCCGAGAAGGAAUACUACGCUCCACUACUCGAGCGGUAUCUCAAGGAUGAGGCUCAGAGUGAAGUGGCAAAGGCUACCAGGUCGGGUAAGAAGCUGCCUUGA